AUGAUUUUCGCAUCUUGCAGAGAACUUCUGCAGUCUUUCCGAUCGAAUCUUCCUACAUUCAAUCUUCCGAGGUGUUGCCCUCCUGGAAAGUGUCGACCAGACACUUUCCAAGAGGGCAACACUGGAGUCAUCACUCUUCCAUCUAAUCCAGGCCGCCAAGUCAACGCACUGAGUUCUCCGAUCACUUCAGACGAGUUCGACUGGGAUCUGGAUGUCGAAGAUGUCAAGACCGUCAGAGCGAUGAUCUACAACUUCUACCAUCAUGACUAUCACACCGAACCAGAGCCCGAAUUACACCUCGACCCAGUAGGAGAAUAUCUUUCCAGAGGUCCGAUAGCACAGCACGCAAGAAUGUACGCAAUGGGAGAAAAGUAUGGCGUGUCCGGAUUAAAGGCUCUGGCUCUGAGGAAGUUCAUACCAAGCAAGAUGAAGGCAGUCCCUAGGCUGUGCAGUGCCAUAGUCGUUGCCUUCAUGAUCACUCCAGACAUCGAUCAGGACAUGCGUAACCUCAUUGUCGAGUUGCUCGCCCGCCAUCCCAUAUUAGCGAAAGUUCCUUACAUCGACCAGGCGAUUCGGGAAGCCCCGGUCUUCUCUAUGCUCUAUACGACAAACUUCUGGAGGAAAAGAUGGAGCGGAGUGAUGCCGGAUCAUGAGCCUUGUCGAGCAGAUGGUCUCGGGACCAGUUAG